UUGGUUAAUUUCGAUAUCGAUAUCGAUAUCAAGAGUCGAGGCAUUACAAUAAAAAAAAAGCGCCAACAAUGAACAAUUCCAAAGUGCGAGAAAUUUCCAAUGAGCAAAUAAUCAGUGAAGCUGCUCUGCAACAACAAAAACAAAAACAUAUGCAACUUUUACACGAAUAUAACAAUCUUAAAGAUGCCACCCAAACUGUGCUAGGCGCCCUGGCGCAGGCGAAAGGAUUACCGAUAAGGGAUAUGCAUAAGAUUUACAGCCUACCAAACGGUGAAUGACAAGAAAUUGCGGAUUG